GUAAUUAAUUAAAGGUGAUGUCUCUCCUCCAGGUAUUCUGUUUGGUACUGUUCAGCUGUAUAGUAAUUAAUUAAAGGUGAUGUCUCUCCUCCAGGUAUUCUCUAUGGUAGUGUUCAGCUGUAUAGUAAUUAAUUAAAGGUGAUGUCUCUCCUCCAGGUAUUCUCUAUGGUAGUGUUCAGCUGUAUAGUAAUUAACUAGUAGUUUUCUCUCCUCCAGGUAUUCUCUAUGGUAGUGUUCAGCUGUAUAGUAAUUAAUUAAAGGUGAUGUCUCUCCUCCAGGUAUUCUCUAUGGUAGUGUUCAGCUGUAUAGUAAUUAAUUAAAGGUGAUGUCUCUCCUCCAGGUAUUCUCUAUGGUAGUGUUCAGCUGUAUAGUAAUUAAUUAAAGGUGAUGUCUCUCCUCCAGGUAUUCUCUAUGGUAGUGUUCAGCUGUAUAGUAAUUAAUUAAAGGUGAUGUCUCUCCUCCAGGUAUUCUCUAUGGUAGUGUUCAGCUGUAUAGUAAUUAAUUAAAGGUGAUGUCUCUCCUCCAGGUAUUCUCUAUGGUAGUGUUCAGCUGUAUAGUGAAUGAAGGCUACAUGAACAUCGGCAGCGAGCGGUUGCUGUGCGUCUUCAAUAAGAACGCCGAUGCCUGUAACUACGGCGUUACCGUGGGCGUGGUCUGUUUCCUAGGCAGCGUCUGCUUCCUGGUUCUAGACAUCUACUUCCCCACCAUCCACAGUGUCCGACUCAGGAGGAGAGCAACUCUCAUCGACAUGGUCUUCUCUGCCCUGGCCAGCUUCCUGUGGUUCAUGGGUUUCUGUUUCCUGGCCAAUCAGUGGCAGCAGACGACAGAAGAAGAGCUCCCAUUGGCUCAGGGCUCCGACGCCGCCAGGGCUGCUGUUGCCUUCUGCUUCUUCUCCAUCCUCACCUGGGUAAGAGACACCUGGGGGGGGGGUCUGGGUGUGUGCAUGUGUGUAAUGUGUGUGUGUAAUGUGU